GUCGUUCCCUCUAUAUCUUCCUUAAAGAACCCAACACACACUUCAUUCACCAUCUCACACUUCUUCAAUCCUCUAUCCCUAAAGUCUAAUCUAACAACAACAACAAUGAGGACUUUGUGCCCGAACUUAGACAACGAAGACGGGCUCGAAACCGUGCUCGAAGUACCGGUACCGGAGGAAGGUUUUGAUGAGGUCAAGAUCAACCACAAUGUCACCUCUUGGCAGACCAUGAAGUCUUGGAUGAAACCUCAUUCCACCGAUCAAAAACGCACGUUUUCGGACUUUGGUGGCCGCAAUGCGGAAAUUCAGCUAUUGCUUGGAGUCGUUGGUGCUCCUCUUGUUCCUCUUCCGGUCUCUUCUGCACACCCUGGCGUUGUUAAUUCGAAUAUCCAUGAUCACCAUAUUGAGUCUUCAAUGGCUAAAUACAUCGUACAACAAUAUAUAGCAGCGGCCGGAGGAGAAAACGCUUUGAAUUCAGUCGAUAGCAUGUACGCCGUAGGGAAGGUGAAGAUGGUGGCGUCAGAGUUCAACGCCGGGGACGAAAUAACCUUGAACUGUGGUGUUGGCAAAGCAUUGAAGCCCAAGAGCGUGAAAAACGGUGGCGGUGAGAUGGGUGGGUUUGUGUUAUGGCAAAAAAAGCCAGACCUCUGGUCUUUAGAAUUGGUUGUUUCCGGCUACAAGAUCAGCGCAGGUAGUGAUGGGCAGGUGGCGUGGCGACAGACACCAUGGCACCAUUCCCAUGCAUCUAGAGGCCCUCCUAGACCUCUUCGUCGAGCCUUACAGGGUCUUGAUCCAAAGUCAACAGCUAAUUUAUUUACAAAUUCAAUCUGCAUUGGAGAGAAGACCAUAAAGGGAGAAGACUGCUUUGUGUUAAAGCUAGAAGCAGAGCUUUCAACUCUAAAAGUAAGAAGCACUAACAAUGUGCAAAUAAUGAAACACACAAUUUGGGGGUAUUUUAGUCAAAGAACAGGCCUUUUGCACCAACUUAAAGACUCCCAUUUAAUCAGAAUAAAAACCCCUGGAAGUGAUAGUAUCUUUUGGGAGACAACCAUGGAGUCACUAAUCCAAGAUUACCGCACCAUCGAUGGCGUUAACAUUGCGCACGGUGGUCAAACAACCGUCUCGUUGUAUAGAUUUGGUGAGGACUCCGAAGGCGAUUCAGAAACGAAAAUGGAGGAGGUUUGGACAAUCGAGGAAGUGGAUUUUAACAUAAAAGGUCUUUCGAUGGAAUGUUUUAUGCCGCCGAGUGAUUUGAAAAUAGAGGAGGAUCAACCGAUGGCUCGCACCAAGAGUGGUGACAAGUUUGUUGGAAGUGUGAGAUUACCGGUUAAGAGCUGGGGAAAUUGCGCGAGAUUUGGUGUUUCGAAGGUUGUUGCGAUUGAUUCCAAUGGUUUCGGGGAGGUGUGACAUUAUGUUUUGUUUUGUAUUAUGUCAUGUUGUGUACAUAUAACGUUGUACAAAUUUGUAUAAUAUUUGUAGGUAGUGAAACGAAUCGUUUGAGCUCAAUGUGCUCUUAAGAUGAUCUUAUAGAGGAUGUUUGUAGGAUUUUUCCUAUCUUAAAGUGUUUAGUUACUCAAGUAUGAUA